AUGGAUUUUUACUCAAACAUAUCGGCAACGUCCUCCCCAGUAGCAUCUUCUAUAUAUCCAACCAUUUUUGAGGUUCUUUCUUCCGAGGAAAUCGAUGAGCUUCUAACACCAUCGGUUAGAUACAUUGUAGCUAAUAUAGUUGCAAGAAAGCCAAACAAGUAUACCUUAGCAAUCAACAAUUGGUUCGAUGAAUGGUUUUUGCUGGCUGGAAGACUGAUCCUUGAGUCACACAGCUUGAGUAAGUGGGAUGGCACGUUUAUCGAGAAGUUUUAUGGACUGAAACGCUUUAAUGGCGCGAACAGCGUUCUCUUAAGAACUUUACAGAGAAAUCAGGGGGUGGACCUUCCCAUGCGACUACGGAAACAACAGCGGCUUGCGGUUUUGUUUCAAAAAGUUUUCGUUCCUUACUUGGUCACAAAACUCGACCAAGCCCAUUCAAAGUUGCUGGCACGCGCGUUCGUCUCUGCCAGAGACUCAGUUGAAGAUUUCAAUGUCAGGUUGCUCAGACGAAUGCAGUCUGCGUUCAUCAAGUUUUACCCGCUUUUAAAAAAGCUUAUGUUUCUCGCCAAUCUCGCUAUAAAGCUAUACUUCUUAUCCGGCAAGACCGGUUCAACAUCACUGAUCGAUUUCAUACUUAACAUUCAAUACACUCGUCUGUCAAAAUUUGACUAUCAGCGGAAUGAGCUCAGUGAAACGACAAAUAUGCAUGCCUCCAAUUUGUCUCGCCGCAAAAACAUCAAUAAUCCUGCGCUCCUUUUUCUGCUAAAAAUGUGGGGUUCCAAAGUAGGCUCGGUGCUAAAAUCUUCUGCAUCCCAAAUUUUCCCAGCAUUCAUAUUUCUGUUAAGAGUAUUCCAAUGGUGGACCUCCGAAGAUAUUUCUGGUGGGCUGCAACGCAGCUUGGAUAACAUCGACGAAGAAGUUCCUCCUCCUCCCAUACCCUUUGAGAAAAACGAAGAUGGAAAAUGCCGAAUUUGCGGUGGAGCGAUUCAAAAUCCAGCCGCCAUCGGGACGGGUUAUGUUUUCUGCUACCCUUGCAUCAUGCAGUAUCUGCCCCAGCAUGAAGGUAAGUGCCCUGUGACCGGUAGUAGGUUGCUGGGAUGUGCAUACGACAGUAAUUCUGGAAUUUGGUCCAUCACGGGGAUCAGAAAGCUUUUGAUAUAG